AUGUCAGAUCGUGAAAUUUUACCAACUAAUGUUACUCCAUUACAUUAUUAUUUAUCAUUCGAACCAGAUUUUACUACUUUCAAAUUCAAUGGUAAGACUAGUAUUGAUUUAAAAAUUAAUGAUAAAACUAAUGAUAUUAUUACUUUAAAUUCUAUGGAAUUAGAUAUUCAUGAAGUUACCAUCGGUGAAAAAAAUGAUUUAAUUAAAUCAACUAAAAUUGAAUUUAAUGCUGAAAAACAAACAGUAGCCUUACAUUUUCCAAAGGGUACUUUUGUUAAAUCAUCAGAAAUUAAAUUAAAUAUUAUUUAUACUGGUAUAUUAAAUGAUCAAAUGGCUGGGUUUUAUAGAGCUAAAUAUCAAGAUAAAUUGACUGGUGAAACAAAAUAUAUGGCUACUACUCAAAUGGAAGCCACUGAUGCAAGAAGAGCAUUUCCAUGUUUUGAUGAACCAAAUUUAAAGGCUAAAUUUACAAUUGAAUUAAUCUCUGAUUCAUCUUUAACUCAUUUAUCUAAUAUGGAUGUUAAUGAAGAAAAAAUUGAUAAUAAUAAGAAAAUUACAUCAUUUAAUCCAACCCCAAAUAUGUCUACUUAUUUAGUAGCUUUUAUUGUAGCUGAUUUAAAAUAUGUUGAAAAUAAUUCUGGUCGUACCCCAGUCAAAGUUUAUGCUACACCAGGUGAUGAAAUUAAUGGUCAAUUUGCAGCUGAUUUGGCUUCUAGAACUUUAACUUUCUUUGAAAAAACAUUUAACAUUGAAUAUCCAUUACCAAAGAUGGAUAUGGUUGCUGUUCAUGAAUUUUCUGCUGGUGCUAUGGAAAAUUGGGGGUUAGUCACUUAUAGAGUAAUUGAUGUCUUAUUGGAUGAAAAAAAUGCAUCCUUAGAUCGUGUUCAGAGAGUUGCUGAAGUUAUUCAACAUGAAUUGGCUCAUCAAUGGUUUGGUAAUUUAGUUACAAUGGAUUGGUGGGAAGGUUUAUGGUUAAAUGAAGGUUUUGCUACUUGGAUGUCAUGGUAUUCUUGUAACAACUUUCAACCAACUUGGAAAGUUUGGGAACAAUAUGUUUCAGAUAAUUUACAACGUGCCAUUGGUUUAGAUUCACUAAGAUCUUCACAUCCUAUUGAAGUCCCAGUUAAAAACGCAGAUGAAAUUAAUCAAAUUUUUGAUGCUAUUUCUUAUUCUAAGGGUUCUUCUUUAUUAAGAAUGGUAUCCAAAUGGUUAGGUGAAGAAACAUUUAUUAAAGGUGUUUCAAAUUACUUAAAUAAAUUCAAAUAUGGUAAUGCAAAGACUGAAGAUUUAUGGGAUCAUUUAGCUCAAGCUUCUGGUAAAGAUGUUAAGAAUGUUAUGAAAAUUUGGACACAAAAAGUUGGUUUCCCAUUAAUUACUGUAAUUGAAGGUAAAGAUAAAUUAACUUUUGUUCAACAUCGUUAUUUAAGUACUGGUGAUGUCUUACCAGAAGAAGAUGAAACUAUUUACCCUGUAUUUUUAUCAAUUAAGACUAAGAAUGGCGUAGACACUUCUUUAGUUCUAGAUGAAAAGAUUAAAUCCUUUGAUGUAAAAUAUGGUGAUUUCUAUAAGAUUAACAGUGACCAAGCUGGUUUAUUCAUCACUGCUUACCCUGCUAAGAGAUGGACCACUUUCGGUAAACAAAGAAAAUUAUUAUCUGUUGAAGAUCGUACUGGUAUUAUUGCUGAUGCUAAGAAUCUUUCCUCUGCAGGUUAUAUAUCUUCUGCAUCUUUCUUAGAUUUAAUUUCUGCAUGGAAGGAUGAAGAUUCUUUUGUUGUCUGGGAGCAAAUUUGUAAUAGUUUGAAUUCUAUUCGUUCUGCAUGGUUGUUUGCUGAUGAUAAAAUUCAAGAUUCUAUCGUAAAAUAUAUGACUAAUACCAUUAGUGAUAAAGUUAAAAAAAUGAAAUGGACUUUUGAAUCAUCAGAAUCAUAUGAUGAUCAACGUCUAAAGGUUGUUCUAUUUAGAACAGCAGCUGCAUGUAACUUGGAUUCCAUUGUUAAAUUAUCAUUUGAUAUGUUUAACAAAAGAAUCGCUGGUGAAACUGAUGCUAUUCCAGCUCUAAUCAGACCUUACGUUUAUUCUGUUGUUGCAAAGAAUGGUAACACUGAGAAUUAUGAAAGUCUUCUAGAUAUUUAUAAGAAGACAGAAAAUUCAGAUGAAAAAAUUGCUGCCUUAAGAGUUUUAGGUGGUUUCAAAGACGCUAAAUUGAUCGAAAGAACACUUGGUUAUGUUUUGGAUGGUACUAUCUUAAACCAAGAUAUCUACAUUCCUCUAGUAGCAAUGAGAGGUCAUAAAGAAGGUGUCUUGGCCAUGUGGGCUUGGUUACAAAAGAAUCUUGAUGCAAUUGUCAAGAGAUUACAUCCAAGUUCUCCUCUAUUAGGUCAUCUGUUAAAUGUUACCAUCUCUGGGUUUACAUCUUAUGAAGAUAUUAGUAUGGUUAAGGCAUUCUUUGAAUCAAAGGAUACUAAGGGAUAUGAUAAAAGUCUAGCACAAGCAAUCGAUACCGUAGAAUCUAAGGCACAAUGGGUUGUUAGAGAUGCUGAGGAUGUGGAGAAAUACUUGAAGGAAAAGAAGUUUUUAGCUUAG